UAUCGAAAUUUCCUUGUAAUGAGAUUUUCUGUGGAGGAAAUCAAUAAUUCUACAACCUUACUGCCAAAUGUGUCUCUUGGCUAUGACAUAUUUGACCAUUGUUCAGAUACCGGGAGUUUCCCAGGUGUUUUUGAACUCAUCUCAGUUAAUGGCUUGAUCCAACCUUGGCACAAAUCAGAGGGGCAAGAGAUACCCAACACCACUAUGUCUAAAGUUAUAGCAUUGGUGGGUCCUUACACAAGCACCCACGCCUUGACUGUAGCCCCACUGUUCAUGGUGGAUCUCAUCCCUUUGGUCAGUUACGGGGCUUCUAUUUCAGACUUGUCAAAAAAAGUGAAUUUUCCCUCUUUCCUACGCACAGUCCACCCAGAUAAACAGGUCAUAGAAGUAAUUGUUAACAUUGUGCAACAUUUUAAAUGGAGCUGGGUUGCUUUCCUGAACAGUGAUGAUGACUUUGGCAUUGAUGGACUGGAAUUGUUCCUAAACCAGAUUCAAAAUACCCAGAUCUGCCUCGCAUACACAAAAAGUCUAAAUGAAAAUACGAAUUACUCCCAAGUCUUUAAACAGAUAGAGGAACAGAUGAUAUAUGUCAUUAUUGUUUUUGCACCCACACUGACAGUUAAACAGCUCAUUGGUUCAGCAAUACAACUGAAUAUCACACAGAAGGUCUGGAUAGGAGACGAUGGAUGGUCUUUGAACACUGAGCUCCGCCAGAUGAGAGGCGUCCAAAACAUUGGAACUGUACUUGGGGUAUCACAGCCACCAGUGACACUGCCUGGCUUUACGGAUUUCAUCUAUUCUUCUCAAAGCCAGAUUCUUUGUGAAAAUGCAGAACAACAGAAAUUAUGUAAUCAGAUGUGCAAUUGCAGUACCCUCACCCCAGAAGAAAUUAUUUCUGUGGACCCAUCUUUCAUAUUUGCAGUUUACUCUGCUGUAUAUGCAACUGCUAAUGCCUUACAUAAUGUUUUACAAUGUGGAGCCAACAAAUGUAAUACCAACAUUACGGUGUAUCCAUACAUGGUUUUAGCAAAACUGAAGAAGUCAAAUUUUACACUGCUAAAUGAAACCAUUCAGUUUGAUGAAAAUGGUGACCCCAAGUUUGGAUCCUAUUUAAUAAUUGUCUGGAGUGAUAGUGGUACUGUACUGGAGAUCGGCCAUUAUACUCCUCAACCAUCAGUAGAUUUUUUCAUUAAUGAUACCAAAAUUAAGUGGUACACAAAUGAUGUGCCUACCUCAUUGUGUUCCCAGGAAUGUCCGGCAGGACAUCAGAAACAUCAAAUUGGAUCGCAAAAAUGUUGCUUCAAUUGUGAAAUGUGUCCCACUGAUACUUACAUCAACAUCACAGUGGACGCCUACACAUGUGUCUCCUGUAAGGACACAGAAUGGUCUGAGGAAGGAAGUACAUCAUGCAGUCUCAGGACGGUCCAGUACAUAACAUUCACAGACACUGGGGCUAUACUGCUCACCACUGGGACCUGUGCCUUCAUGGGCCUCGCAUUAGCCAUGUGUCUUCUCUUUGCCAAUAACUACAACACUCCUGUUGUCAGAUCUGCUGGAGGACCAAUGUGCUUUCUAAUCUUAGGCUGUCUCACUCUGUGUGCUCUCAGUGUGUUCUUUUACUUUGGUAAGCCAACAACAUUGUUUUGUAUAAUGAGGUUGUUACCAUUCAUUCUGUUCUACACUGUCUGUCUAGCAUGUUUUGUUGUCCGUUCUUUUCAAAUUGUGUGUAUUUUCAAGAUGGCCGCCCAGUUUCCCAAGCUCUACAGUUUAUGGAUGAAAUAUCAAGGACAGUGGCUGGUCAUCACCGGGGCAUUUGUUAUUCAGGGGCUUUUGCUUCUUUGCGGGUAUUGUUAUGAACCCCCCAUGCCCUACAAUGAAAGGUUUUGGUAUCCGGACAAGAUCAUAAUUAACUGUACCUUUAAUCUGAAAACAACAGCUGGUCCUAUGGCUUUACUUGUAUCUCUAUGCUCCCUCUGCUUUAUUUUCUCCUACAUGGGAAAAGACCUGCCAAAAAACUACAAUGAGGCCAAAGCAAUAACUUUCUGUCUGCUCCUGCUGAUCCUCACUUGGAUCAUCUUUGCCACAGUUUACAUGCUUUACCAUGACAUGUUAAUCAUAACCUUUAACGCUCUGGCUGUUCUCUCUAGUCUGUACUCAUUUCUGUUGUGGUAUUUCCUCCCAAAAUGCUACAUUAUCAUCUUUCAACCUCACAAAAACACACAGCAGUACUUCCAAGGGCUCAUUCAGAAUUAUACCAAAACAAUAAGCCAGUAGUAGUUUGAAUACUGUACUUAUCCACGAACAGAAAAACUGAAUUAGGAUCAAUGAUAUAAAUGGAUAUUCAGUAGUUAUUCUAAGCCUCCAAGGCAUGACCCUUUUAUCAUAGAAGGGAAGGUUUUUGAAAGCUUGUGGGGUCCCUGAUAA